AUGUCGUCGCAGACCAUGACGGCGCCAGCGGUGGGCCAUCGACCGCCUGAUCCAGGCACCGAUACGCCCAUGUACGACUAUGGCGGCUCACAGCACGACGCUUCGCCUCACUCCGACCCUAGAAGCGACUCCGCAAUCCCCGACAUGCAUAAUUCUGCCCCAGCCUCGAAAGGCUUGCCCGCCACUCCGAUUGGAAUAAAGAGAGAGUCGUUCGACAACCAGGACUUCGCCAUGGCUGAAGACACCAAGGAUUCGAAUGCCCAGUCAGCUGCCGGGGCGCUAUUGGCCCAACUGCUUGGAAACCAGUCCGCGCCAAAUCCCUCUGCGCCAGAGCAAUCCGUUGGGCAACCGAUCAAGCAACAGGAUGAAGGACUACACGACUCAAAUCGCCCGUCACUCGAUCUAAGCGCUCAAUUCUCGACGAACGCCGAUUCGAACCUACCACAUGAUCCUACCUCGGUAUCUACGGAGAUGCCCAAUAUGUCGAAUGGUGAUUUUCCGAUGACGGAUUUCCUUGCAGGGCUUGGUGCACCUUCGCAGGAAGGAGGUGGAGUAGGACAUCGAUUAUCAGACGCCAUGGAUUCUCUCUCCGAUCCGAUGAACCCCAAGCAGAGUCUGGAGCAGCCAUCACUUCUGCCUGCUUUCGAUUUGGCUGGAGCUCCGAAGAAUGCUUUUGAUGCCCUCCAGCAGAAUGAGCUUUUGACCGCCGCGUAUCUCUCACAGGGCGCUGAUUUAUCAGCGCUUGGAUAUCAAGAUGCAUCCGCAUCCAUUGCUGGUUCCGAGCCUCGCAUCCAGGCAUUUGCCAAGUUGGAGUUUGAUGAUGGACAUUUCUACUGUAAUACCUACUCUUUCAUCCUCGGGCGAGAUGUCCGAGCCGCGCGCGCCGCCCACCAGCGAGAAAUCCAGUAUCGGCAGGCCGUGCGGAGCUCUCGGGCAAAGAGCUCAAGUGGUGGUAAUGCUUCACACACUCCCAAUCGCAUGAAGCGGGAGGAAAGUGCUGCCAUGAUGGGUAGCGUGGUCAGUGAUCGUGGAGGUAUCAUGGGCUUUGAUCCAGAUGUCCCCCCGCAUCUUCCAUCAAAUUUAAACAUCAGCCGACGGUCAUCAAAGUCUUCCCUCGGUGAAUCGUCCAUGCCCUUGCAUGCAAAUCCGGCCCAAUUGCAGACCACAUCAACGGACUACAAUGCGCUUGCGAUGCAAUCUCUUCAGGAUGGCAACGCCGACCCUAAGCCAGUUGAUGCCUUGGCUUUACUCCCAUCCCCUGACUCUUGUCCCACCAUUCCCAUUCAUCCCCCAUCAACAAUCGAUGGCAGUGCCGCAGGUCACCGCGGAAUCUCGCGCCGGCACGUUCGUAUUGCCUACAACUUUGACAAGAGUCUUUUUGAGAUGGAGGUCAUGGGUCGAAAUGGAGCUUUCAUUGGAGCCGAUUGGUUAUCACCAGGUCAACUCCGGCCGUUGCACAGUGGAGAUUACAUCCAAAUUGGAGGUGUGCGCAUUCGAUUCUUACUGCCAGAUGUGCCCAUUGGAGAGACUGGUGCAGAUCGCUUGGAAGAGCAGGCAGCAGAAGAAGAGGAUGUUAUGGAAUCUAUCGAUGCCGAUGCUGAUGCUGACGCCGAUGCCGACGCCGAGCAUGAGCUUGAUGAUGAUAUGGGAGGACCCUUGAGCGACGGUGACGGCAAGGAUUCCAAGAUGACUAAGAUCGUCCUCAAGACGAAGGAUUCCGACUCGAAGGCACAGUCCGUCGAAUCAGGAGAUCAACCGGCCCGCCGACGUGGGCCUGGUCGGCCUCCCAAGGAUGGCAUCAUGUCCAAGCGUGAAAGAGCUGAACUUGCUCGGGAGCAGAAGAUAGCCGCUAAGCGCGAAGCCAAUGGAGGUGUCACGCCGCCACAGCAAAACCGGCCAGCCAAGUCAGGCAAGACAGUAACAACUACCGCUGUCACUCAGGAAUCUGUUGGUGCUGAAUCGCCCCCAUCAUCUGUCAAGCCCUCAGAGAAGCGGAAGUACAACAAGCGGAAGAAGGAUGGCACCUCGAUGGACUUCCCUCUACCUUCAAUGGAAAGUGGCCAAUUCCCUGCAGAGCAGCGGCCCGAGGAAUACGUGAAGCCUCCGCCAGUCAAGAAGCGCAAGCCCUCUCGCUCUCCUUCUCCAAAUUAUCCUCCUGAGUCUGCUUAUACGCAGGAGGAUCUGGCUAAGCCGCCUUACAACUACGCUGUUCUCAUCUUUGAUGCUCUGACAGAGGCUGGCACCCCGAUGACGCUGAAGCAAAUUUACCGCGCCUUGAAAUUGAAGUAUCCCUACUUCCGCUUCAAGUGUGAGACGGAGGGAUGGACCUCAAGUGUACGACACAAUCUCAAUGGCAACGGCCACCUGUUCAUGCACGCGGAGCGAGAUGGUAAGGGUUGGUCAUGGCAGCUCCGGCCUGGUGCUUCCGUCGAGAAAGAAAAGAAGAGAAGGCCCUCACCUCCUCCACCGCCGCCGCAACAGCCUCCACCACAGGUGUCGGCACCAGCUCCCCAGCCAUAUAUGGGACCUAUUACUCACUCCUAUCCUCCUCCGUCUGGCGGACCACCUUCGAUGCAAGCUCAACAUCACAACUUUCAAUUCCCUCCGAUGCCAUCUACCAACUUCUCUGCGCCACCGCCGGCUCCUCAACAUUCAAGUCCUUACGCAGCACCACCCCCUCCUACCGCCGCUGCUCCUGCUCCUCCUGUUUCUGCACCGUCGAUCCACCUGGACAGGGUGCUCAGGCUCAGCAGGCCCCAGUUCCACGAACUGGACAGGGACUACCGCCUCAGCAGCAGUCUCCCUACCCACCUCCAAAUCCCCCUCAACAACAACACAUGA